GUACAGCUGCGGCCCCACCGUGUACGACCACGCGCACCUCGGCCACGCCUGCUCCUACGUGAGAUUUGACAUCCUCCGGAGGCUCCUGACCAAGGUGUUCGGGUGCAGCGUCGUCAUGGUGAUGGGCAUCACCGACGUGGACGAUAAGAUCAUCCGGAGAGCCAGCGAGAUGGACAUAUCACCUGCCGCUCUGGCCAGGCUGUACGAGGAGGAUUUCAAGCAGGACAUGGCGGCCCUGAAGGUGCUCCCACCCACUGUGUCGCUGAGAGUGACGGAGACCAUUCCGCAGAUCGUCUCCUUCAUCCAAGGCAUCAUGGCGCGUGGGCACGCAUACGCCACCGAGAGAGGUAACGUCUACUUCGAUCUGAGGUCCAGAGGGGACACGUACGGCAAGCUGGUCGGUGUGGCGCCCUGUGUGGCUGCAGAAGCAGUGGACACGGACAAGCGCUAUGCAGGCGACUUUGCGCUCUGGAAGGCGGCCAAGCCCGGGGAGGUGUCCUGGGCCUCACCCUGGGGACGCGGCAGGCCCGGCUGGCACAUCGAGUGCUCCACCAUCGCCAGCGCGGUGUUCGGGAGCCAGCUGGACGUGCACUCAGGCGGCAUCGACCUCGCCUUCCCACACCACGAGAACGAGAUUGCGCAGUGCGAGGCCUUCCACCAGUGCGCACAGUGGGGCAACUACUUCCUGCACGCAGGGCACCUGCACGUCAAGGGCCAGGAGCAGAAGAUGUCCAAGUCCUUGAAGAACUACAUCACCAUCAAGGACUUCCUUCGGAGCUUCUCGCCUGAUGUCUUCCGGCUCUUCUGCCUGCGAAGCAGCUACCGCUCAGCCGUCGACUACAGCGACAGCACCAUGCUGGAAGCCGGUCACGUGUUGCGCCGCCUGGCCUCCUUCGUGGAGGACGCACGCGCCUACAUGCGUGGACAGCUGGCAGGUGGCCCGGUCAGCGAAGCUGAGCUGUGGGACAGGCUCAGCAGCACCCAGCGCACCGUGAGGACUGCGCUGGCCGACGACUUCGACACGCCCAGGGCGGUGGACGCCAUCCUGGACCUCGUGCAUCUGGGGAACAGGCAGCUCAGGGUGGCCACUGAGGGCCCUGGGGGUCCCAGGAGCCCCGCCGUGCUGGGUGCCGUCGUCGCCUACGUGGAGCAGUUCUUCGAGACCGUGGGGCUCUCUCUGGCCAGUCGGCAGUGUGUUCCAGGAGAUGGCAGCGCAGCCGCCCUGCACAGCGUGGUGGACGAGCUGGUGCGCUUCCGGCUGAAGGUGCGGCAGUUUGCACUGGACACAGGGACGGCCACCGGGGACGCCCGGCGAGAGCAGCUGCGGGAGAGGCAGCCCUUGCUGGACGCGUGUGACGCACUUCGCCAGGACCUUGCCGCCCGCGGUAUCAGCAUUAAGGACAGAAGCAGUGCGGCCUCCACCUGGGAGCUGCUGGACCCACGGACAAUGCUGCAGAAGCCGGAAGGCUGAGGACGGCUGGCUAGGCGUCACCGCAUCCGCAGCCCUGCUGUUCCCUGAGGACUUCAAGUUUCAUGUGGUGCUUAGCCGCAUCACAAUAAAGUGAACCCGUGCUGCCCCG